AUGAGAGAAAUUCGUGUUUGGAUGAAUGGAUUUGCAUGGAAGGAAAAGAAGAGAAAAGUCGGACUCCCUUCAAACUCCUUCCUCUCUCAUGUGGGAAGAAAGGAGUGGAAAGCUACGUCGAAAAAGGCAAAAGACGAAGCUGCCCUCACUCAUUCCGUCAUGCAUCUCGUGGUGCAUGGAACUGUUGGUGAUUCCCUCGUGUUGUUCUUGCACGUUCUUCUGCUCCAAGGUCAGGGCUGCAUCCAAAGGAGAGUUCCUCAGUUGCUUGUCUUCCUCACUUGUUGCGUUCCUCAGCCUGUAGUUGUAUUCUCAGUUAGUCCUUGUUGUGAGUUGUGUUCUCAGUUAGCCCAUGUAAGCUUCUCCUUUCCUUUCAACCAUGGCAGCCGGAAACAACCACCAGAGGAGAGUGUGCCGCCAGAACGAGGAGACAAAAGUCGUCGGAGGAAGAAGACACACCAUAAUCGAUUAUGGUGUGUCUUCUUCCUCCGGCGGCUUAUGUCUCGUCAUUCUAGUGCCAGACUCUCCUUCGGUGGCGCCUAUCCGACCGCCAUGGUGGGUCUCGUGGGUGCAGCUGGUCCAGUUAUGUGCAUGCAUGAGAGGAGGUCCAUAAUCCCCAUCCACAAGAAGCUGUGCAUGGCGACUACCACCUCUGCAUGGCGCAUGGCUGGAUCUUCGCCGACGACCAUCAACUUUGGCAUGACCUUAUUUGAGAUAUACAACAUGAAACGAGGCCAAACCUCCUUGACUCCAAUAGAAAAUGGCCACCAUACAACCAUGGUUUCUGACUUGUGCGUUGGUUAUGUUGUUGUUGCAGGUUGUAUCUUAGGGGUGUCGUCAAGUUCGCCGUCAGCUUGUCCCACGAAGAGCUUCGUUCAUAUCUUCUCCCACAGGUAUGAUUCAUAUGUUGUCUUCCAUAGUUGCAACCUGAAACUGGUUCUAAUGGUGUUGUACUCCAUGCAUGGUUGA